AUGGUGAGAACAAGAACGGAAGACCCGGAAGAUUCGACUUCUGCACGGUUGGAUAGAGUGGAGAGAAUGAUAAUGGAAAUGGCAGAGACUCUACGACAACAACUGCAAGAGUCACAACCACAACCGCCACCGCCACCGGUACCUCCGCCUGUGGCACAAGAUUUUCAUGCUGAGGACCGAACUAUCACUCUCACGAGGGAAUUUAAAAACAUGAAGCCGCCAUCAUUUAAAGGAGGAAUAGAACCAAUGAAAACUGAAGUGUGGGUAUUGGGAAUAGAAAAUUUGUUUGAAGUUUUUCCUUGCACCGAAGCCCAAAAAGUGCAACUUGCUGCCUUCACUCUUGAAGACGAAGCACGGAGGUGGUGGAUGCUUACGAGAACUGUGCACCAAGGGUUAACAUGGGAUAGAUUUUCGGAGCUAUUUUAUGACAAGUACUUUCCCCAAAGCAUGCGAGAUAAGAGGGUGACAAAAUUUGAAACUCUCAGACAAGGAAAUAAGACCGUUGCAGAGUAUGAAGCCCAAUUUACAGAAUUAGCUCAGUUUGCCCCUCAUAUGGUGUACACAGAUUAUAUGAAAGCACGAAAAUUUGAAGGGGGACUACGGACUGCUAUCGUUGACUGA